CUGCAGGGGCUGCGGGAGGCGCAGAGGCAGAUCAAAGAGAGUGCAUCACAGACGAGGGAUGUUCUCAAACAGCAUUUUAAUGAUUUAAAGGGAACCCUUGGGAAGCUCCUGGAUGAGCGAUUGGUGACCCUUUUGCAAGAAGUGGACACCAUUGAACAGGAGACCAUUAAACCACUAGAUGACUGCCAGAAGCUCAUAGAACAUGGAGUUACCACUGCAGAGGACUUAGUCCGAGAAGGUGAGAUUGCCAUGCUGGGUGGUGUAGGAGAACAUAAUGAGAAGCUGUGGAGCUUUACCAAAAAGGCCUCACACAUUCAGUUGGACAGCUUACCAGAAGUGCCUUUACUUGUUGAUGUGCCUUGUUUAUCUGCUCAGUUGGAUGACUCCAUUCUUAAUAUAGUGAAAGACCACAUUUUUAAGCAUGGAACUGUAGCAUCUCGCCCCCCAGUGCAGAUAGAGGAACUGAUAGAAAAACCUGGAGGCAUCAUAGUGCGAUGGUGUAAGGUGGAUGACGACUUUACAGCCCAAGAUUAUAGGCUGCAGUUCCGUAAAUGUACUUCAAAUCAUUUUGAGGAUGUAUAUGUAGGUUCUGAAACUGAAUUCAUAGUGUUGCACAUCGACCCCAAUGUUGAUUAUCAGUUCAGAGUCUGCGCCCGAGGAGAUGGCCGACAAGAGUGGAGUCCUUGGAGUGUUCCCCAGAUAGGUCAUUCCACACUGGUACCUCAUGAGUGGACAACUGGUUUUGAGGGGUACAGUCUGAGCAGUCGAAGAAAUAUAGCACUCCGGAAUGAAUCUGAAUCCUCAGGUGUUCUCUACUCCCGUGCUCCAACUUAUUUCUGUGGGCAGACAUUAACAUUCAGGCAAGUAGCUAUUACAUCUGUCAUGCCUUAGGUAGUAUAGUGAAGUGCAU